AUGACGCACAAGGGCGACGACGACGACGCUACAACCACCGUCAGCACAACGGGUGUUGUGAUGCUGUCGUGUGCGUGCCGCGCCUCGCCCGUUACUCUCCUCCCCACCCCUCCCCUCCUUUUCUUCUCCCGUUCGCUGCCUCCUUCGCUUUGCCGCCAUCACACGUGGAGAACUCACGCAGUUUGGCACGCCACACACGCCCCCCUCCCCACAACGAAGCGCCCUGACUCCACCCCUCCCUCUCCCCUCCGCAGCUCUCUCUCUCUCCUUAGGAAAGCACAGAGAGACGACAUGGCCGCUCCGGUAUCCUCUGCGGCACCACCUUCAGUGGUGCAGCUACCAGUGCUUGCCAGUACGGGUGCCAAGCGUCGAUCACGUGCCGCCGCGAUGUCGGGGCCCAAGCCGGCCAUCAAGCCCGCCGCCGUGUCCCCAUCGUCGUCAUCUUCCCCACCCCUUCACGUCUUCGCUGACCUCCCUGACCAGUUGCUCUGCUCCCCGGACAAUUCUGUGUGGGUGUACGGGCAGCAGGCCCUCUCCUUCUUCUCCUCCGAGGCCGCGGCGCAGGCAAAGCUGGAGAGGAAGGUGCAAUGUAUGAUGCGAGAGGCGCAGCGGCACUACACCAUCAGCUGCGCCUUCUUCAACUCGCUGACGAGCGAAGAGCAGAUGGCAGAGGUCCUACGCGUGAGCGGUGGUGGCGGGCUGCUGCCACUGCCCCCGGCCAUGUCCGCUGCGGCGAUGGUGACUGGAACACCCGCCAAGCGCGACCACAGAAGGAGUGGGGACGGAUCUACGCCAGUGAAGUGCUGCCGGCAACGUCUGGCCGGUGUACACCGCGCGUUGCGAGACGCGUGGCCGACGUGGGGCGAGCCUGACAUGAACGGCGUCGCCAGCAGCCUUGUCUCACGCGAGGUGGGGGACGCCGAUGAUGAUGGGUCAUGGCAGAACUGCUACUCGCCCGGACUCCGAGUGAACCUCGUCCUCGAUAUAGUCGCAUCUCGCAAAACUCUCGGCACUGCGCCCCUGCGCAGCCGGCCCUACCGCCUCGCAGAGCACCUGUAUCGUCUCAUCAUGCAGUCUGCGACCACGCAGCCAAGAUCACGUUCUCCAAUGUUGCCCAGCAACGAUGUACCCUAUACGACUCCUACUACUGCUCGAGCCACACCCUCGACUACCAACGGGGCCAAGGCCACAACGAUAGCAGCAGCACGAGCGCGCAGCGACAUUGCGCCGCACGUGCGCUCGCUCAUCAUCGGCAUCAGCGACGCGGCCACAACUCUUGUCGGGCUUCACGUUGUGUGUCCGUAUCGCCACCUGUCGUCCCCGACGCCAACGCUCACGCGACUUCGUCGCGCGGUGGAGGCGGCAGCGGAUCAGCAACGAGCCCGCGCCCUCUCCACUACCGCCACCACCACCACAAGUGGUCUCGAUACACACGGGCAGGGAGCAUCAGCAGCCGUGAUAGCGGAGCCCGCCGCCUCCGCCCCGCUUUGCUGCGUAGUUGCCAGCCAACUGGCGCGCCACCGCCGCGUCGAUGCGUUGCUUCCGGCGCCGUACGUACGAGUGCCGCCGCAGUCUCUGGAGCUGAUCGAUCAGACUCGGCUUAUUCUCUGCACACCGAGAAAGUUGCUAGACGGCUGCUGA